AAAUAUCAUAACUUCUCCCACCGACCGGCCGAAGAAAUGAAGGUAUCAACCGUUUCAUGCCCGUUCGAUCAAUGGGGAAUGGAUAUUGUCGGUCCAUUUCCGAUGGCGACCGGGCAGAGGAAAUCCAGCUCAGGACAAUAACAGUAUAAUCCGAAAAUCUUCCGGCUUAGUUUCCGUAUUAUUUUAGAUUUUAAGAAUCUUUUAUGUAACUUCAUUGAAUUGAGAAUUCGUUAUGAAUGUUAUGAUAGUAUAGAUAAGUGAUGUCCGUAGUUAUAUUUAAACGAAAUGUUAUAAAAGAAAAUAUAAACAAAUAAUAAUUAAAAAAAUAGGGACGUUAUAAUAUGAUAACUACAAACGCUUACAACUUACUGCUUACUGCUUACUGCUUACUGCUAUAUCAUAGCUCUGGGCAACAUUCAAAUUAAUACAACAGAUGAUAUAUAUUAAUAAAAAAAGGGUAGAUCCGCUACCUUAGCGGCCCCCCUAGUGCCGGCUCUAUGGAUAUGGAGGGAGGUUCAUGCAGGUACACAGGUCAUAGGCGCAUGGCGGGGUAAACCCCAGGUCAUCAGUUCCUGAGAAUCGACCCCUAACCAUUACGUCAGAGAUAUCAUGCGUUCAUCGUCUGCGCUACGCCCUGGGGGCAACAGAUGAUAUGUAUUAAUAUUCAAACGAAUGCUUAAUAUCCUAUUUUAGGUAGGAAUUGUGGAUAUUUUGUUGAAAUUGGAUACCAUGGGUGCAAAAUGCAAAAUGAAAUCCUCCCAUAUUAUCAUUUGGGAGAGUGGAUAAGGCCGUUUCCGGUGAGAUCAUGUCAGCGGCCCCAUUAAGCUCCGCUCUCGCUCUCGGCGGCGGCGGCGGCGGCGGCGGCGUCUCAUACUCACGCGACCCUCCUCCGGCGGCGCAGCACCCUCUCCUUCCUUCUGACCACGCCGCCGCCCUAAUUGAGCAAUGCCGCUCGACACACAACCUCCUCCAGCUCCACGCCGCCGUCCUCCGCGCAGGCCUCCACCACCACCCCAUCGUCAACUUCAAGCUCCAGCGCGCCUACUCCGGCCUCGGCCUCCUCGACCGCUCCCUCUCCCUCCUCCGCCUCACUCCCAGCCCCAACAUCUACUUCUGGACCGCCGCCAUCCACGCCCACGCACUCCAAGGCCUACACGGCGACGCGCUCCUUCUCUUCUCCGACAUGCUUUCCUCCUCCGUCGAGCCCAACGCCUUCACCUUCUCUUCCGCCCUCAAGGCUUGCCCUUUGCGCUCGGGUCGUGCUCUCCACGGCCACUCCCUCAAGCUAUCUCUCCACUCCGAUCCCUACGUCGCCACUGCUCUCCUCGACAUGUACGCGCGCGGCGGCGACGUCGUGUCCGCCCGCAGCCUGUUUGAUGCAUUGCCUGAGAGACGGCUAGUGUCGUCCACGGCCAUGAUGACCUGCUACUCUAAAAUGGGCAAUUUGGACCAGGCCCGGAAGUUGUUCGACGAAAUGGGCGAGAAAGAUUCUAUUUGUUGGAACACCAUGAUCGAUGGCUACACCCAGCACUGCCAGCCUAACCAUGCCCUGCUAUUGUUCAGGAAGAUGCUACGGUCGUCGGUGAAACCGAACGAGGUCACGGUGAUCUCGGUACUCUCUGCCAUUGCCCAGCAGGGCUCUGCAGGGGUGGGCAGAUGGGUGCAUUCCUUCAUAGACAACAAUCCCAUAGAGUUCAAUGCCAAAGUGGGCACUGCAUUGAUCGACAUGUACUGGAAAUGCGGCAGCUUGGAAGAUGCUCGUGCAGUCUUCGAUAGCAUCACUGACAAGGAUGUUGUUGUUUGGAAUUCAAUGAUCGGAGGCUAUGCAAUGCAUGGGUACAGCCGCGAGGCCCUUGAACUAUUCUCUAGACUGCGCGCAGAAGGUCUCCAACCAACAGAUAUCACAUUCAUUGGGGUCCUGAAUGCUUGUAGCCAUUCUGGUUUGGUUGAAGAAGGGCGGGAAUUAUUCCGCUCGAUGGAAAAGGAUUACGGGAUAGAGCCUAAGAUCGAGCACUAUGGUUGCAUAGUGGAUCUUCUCGGUCGUGCUGGGUUUGUGGAAGAAGCUUUUGAGCUUGUUCAAGGGAUGAAGAUUCCGGCAGACCCAGUGAUCUGGGGCUCAUUGUUGGCAGCUUGUAGGCUUCAUAACAACAUGGCCUUGGGGGAGAAGAUUGCGAAUUUCCUUGUUAGUAAAGACCUUGCAAAUUCGGGGACGUACAUCCUUCUAUCAAAUAUAUAUGCUGCGGUGGGGAAUUGGGAAGCUGUGGGUCGAGUGAGGACCUUGAUGAAGGAGAAUGGAGUGGAGAAAGAGCCCGGCUGUACUUCGAUUGAAGUAGCUAACAAAGUGCAUGAGUUUGUUGUGGGAGACUUGAGCCAUCCAAGAAGCGAAGAGAUCUACAUGAUGUUGGAGGAGCUGAAUGGACUUCUCAGAGCUCAUGGCUACGCACCGCAAACUGAGCUGGUAUUGCAUGACUUAGAGGAGGCAGCGAAAGAGAGGGUGCUCGGAGUUCAUAGCGAGAAAUUGGCAAUUGCCUUUGGGCUCAUAAGCACUCAACCGGGGACGACAAUCAAGAUUGCGAAGAACCUCCGUGUUUGCGUAGAUUGUCAUACGGCCACCAAGUUGAUAUCUAGGAUCACAAAGCGGAAGAUCAUCGUUCGAGAUCGGAAUAGGUUCCACCAUUUUGUUGAUGGCUCAUGUUCUUGUGGAGACUAUUGGUAAAUGAACUUUUGAAAAAUGGUGUCAUUUGUAUCCUUUCUAUCGAUACCUUGUUGUAGAAAUAUUGUAUGUUAAUUUUCAGCCCUGCAACUAACAAAUAAUAUUGUAUGCAUUCUACUGGUCUAAAGUGGGCCGAGAUGUUCUUAAAGGAGGAUGCUUCUUUGACGUUUA